ACAAAAGUGGUUGCCGGCCGCAGCACGGAUUUCGGGUGCACCUGAGAUCAUGCAACUACGAGGAGCAACCGCCUGCGCCACCAGAGGCCAUUUAUCCACUUCAGUACUGGAAGCGGUCUCCGCUCACUCACUGGCUUGAUGGCAACACCCCGCCCCAGCAUUGCUGGUUGUGCUUUCUCAAGCCUAGCCCAUGGAUUCCCAAGGCUCCCACUCUCUAGGCCCCGCUGUGGUUGCCGUCGCUUGGACUUUUGCUAGCCUCGCGAUUCUGGUGGUUGGAGCACGCCUUUAUGCUCGCCUGAGGAUUGUGCGGAGACUUUCCAUCGAUGACUGCAUCAUUCUAUUCACUCUCUGCCUCGGCCUCGGAAAUAGCAUCUUCCUCACCAUCUCCACGUCAUGGGGAUUGGGACAACAUCUCUCGGUCCUCCAGGCUGACCCCGAACGUGUCAUGUACACGGUCAAAUGGGUGUACCUGUGCGAGUUCUUCUCCAUUCUAUGUCCCUGCUUCGGCCGCAUCUCGUUUGCGCUAUUGCUCCUCGGCAUCAUCCCGCCAACGUCUACAUCUCGAAGGACCUUUCUCAAGUGCAUCAUCGUCGUACAGCUCGUCGUCGAUGUCGGGACGGUGAUUAUAAGCUUUUCGCAGUGUCAGCCCCUUGAGGGCUUCUGGAACAAAAGCAUCGCCAGUACUUGUUGGCCACCCUUUGUCCAGCAAUACACCGGCUUCACCCAAGGCUCCGUGUGUUCUUUGAUAGACCUGAUUCUCGCUCUGUUUCCAGCUUCCAUGUUUUGGAGCUUGAAGAUGCAAUGGAAACAGAAGGUUGCCCUCAGUAGUCUCAUGGGAUUGGGCGUUUUCGCUAUGAUUGCAUCCAUUGUGAAGACGGUUGGGCUUAGAGCGAUUACCGCAACGGACGACUUGACGUACGAAAUGGCGAAUCUUGCAAUCUGGUGGACUCUCGAAGCCAACCUCGUGCUCAUCGCGGCCUCCGUGCCAACGCUAAGGCCCAUCUUCAAGGUUAAAAGAGGCCAGAUCCGCGAUGGGGGUAGUGCCGGCACGGGCCUGGGCACGUGGAACCGAUCCCAGAGAAUUAAGAUGAGCACCAACGAUGACAGCGGACCUUUUGUGGCACUGAGCGAGCCGGAAUCUCGUGAUGAGGCUGACAUCGGUGUUCAACUCAAGUCUUACGACAACCAUGGAUACCAGGCGAACGCCAUUGCGGGACAGAAAGCGCAGGAUCACGUCGGAGAUGGUAUCCGGAGGGACUUCACGGUGACGGUAGUCUACGGCAAACAGGACUCGUAGACCAGCUGGUGGAAGGGCAGGGGGGGAAGACGUAGAGAACGAUGAGCUUAACAUCAAGCCAUCAUCCAAGGUCCGACAGUUGCCGGAAAUGACUGGAGUGGCCCCCGCGUACUCCGUAGCCUGUAGGAUAUUCGUUCCAGAUCUCUGUAUACCCGUUGCUUUAGAAAAAUCAAGCAUCACGCCUUACUCCAG